UAGAAAACCCUGCCUCUUGUCCAAUACGAAUGCGUGAAUAAGCGGUCAACUGUCGUGUUGUUGGUCUUGGUCCCGUCCCGUGUUGGAAGCAUCGGACUUGUCCUGUCGCCGGCUGCUAUCUUUAUUGUAAAUUUGGAAUUAUUGAAUAACGCAAUCUUUCAACAUGUCGGACCGAAAAGCUGUCAUAAAAAAUGCUGAUAUGUCAGAAGAAAUGCAGCAAGACGCUGUAGAUUGUGCAACUCAAGCAUUGGAAAAAUACAAUAUUGAAAAGGACAUAGCUGCAUAUAUAAAGAAAGAGUUUGACAAGAAAUAUAAUCCCACAUGGCAUUGCAUUGUUGGACGCAACUUUGGAAGCUACGUCACACAUGAGACAAGACACUUCAUAUAUUUCUACUUAGGACAGGUUGCUAUUCUACUGUUUAAGAGUGGUUAAAGAUCUUGUUUAUGAACCCUCAUCACAAUGUUGAGUGUGUCUAAAAUAUUAAAUGUAAUUCCUCUGCAAGCUGGAGAUGUUUCUCUUUUUCAGAUUUGUUUGUUUUAAUAUAGGUAUUUCAUUCUAUCAAUCAUGUAUUAAGAAAAUUAUUUUCUAUUAAUAUCCACAGUAAUAUCUCGUUGUGUGUUGGAAUUAUUGAGAUAAAUCAAAAGAGAUUAAUGUAUUAUUUUGGUGUUUUAUAUCCUAAUACAAGAUGAUACAUGUUUAUUUGUCAAGUGAAUGAGGGUUCAUCUAUAUUGAAUCACCCUCCUAGGGUAGCAGCAUUUACACGCUGCAAUGAAGGCUGUUAAAACAAAGUCAUUUGUUUUUUGUGUUUUUAAACUUGAAGAUAUCUUUAUCUGACAACUAUUAUAUUGUUAAAACUGGAUAGGCCCAAAUUUGUAUUGCUAACACAUUGUAUCAUUCUACAUUUUACAAGCUAGGUAGAUUUACAAAUAUACACUAUUGUAUGAAUUACCGCUGUAUAAAUAUUGUUUAAGGGACCACCAUCUGACACUUGCUUUCAAAAUGCUUCUACACAACAAUUUGUUAUUUUCUUGCAAUCCAAGCUUCUUUGGGGGCAAUCUCAAUAUACAUGGCUUUCAGUCUGAACACUAGGUAUUUAAUUGUUUAGUUAUAUAUUUCCUCUACUAUAAUUCAAAUUAAUUGUUAUAGGAAUAGUUUAUUUAUUUUAUAUAUUUUUCUAGAAUAGUGCAUUAUUAAGUUUUUCUGAUGACUCUUUGUUGGCUACACAGUAUUACUUCUUAAUAUUGUAAACUUUUAGUCCUUAGGCUUUAUAUAUAUAUACACACACACACAUUGGUAUUUUAAGAUCGUCCAACUUUUAUCAGUAACCGUUUUGGAUUAAUUUUGUAUUAUCAUUAACAUGUCAAAUGUUGUAUUCAUACUGUUUGACCUUUUGGUACCAAUCAUUAUGGAUUACUAUUAGUUUUGUGCUACUCUAAAGUUAUUAUGUAAUGAAUUUAAGAAUUGCCAACUGCAUUAAUGACAAGACCUUCAGGUAAUGCUACUCAGUACCAUUUGUAAGGAUAGUCAGAAAAUUAUUUUAAGUUUGUGUUGAACUAUUUUCAAAGAUGAUACCAUCUAUUUAUUGUAUAUAGUGUGUUUUGUUGUUGCUAAUAGGUACAUUUUCACUAUUUGUCGUUAAUUGGUUUUAAACCAAGGUUUUAUAUUAAUUACUUUUGAGUUUUAUAUUUCAUGAAAGCGUGCUUUAAUUGAUCUAGUUGUAUCACUCAUUCAUUUAUUCUUAUUUUAUGUUUUAUAGUAUGUGUUUGUUAAUGUUUUGUAUAUAUUUCCAGUUUCUUUUAUGUUUGAUACACAUUUAACAUCAAGUGACAUUUACUUUUACAACUUUAAGCUGUGGUUACAUAAGUUUUUGUGAAUAUUUUAGACAGUGAACAACAUGAAAAAUUGUUAGGCAUGCAAAGUAAAAAAUGCAGUUUAAUUGUAGACCUUAUUGGAAAAUCUAAGGCUGUUAGUUUUUUAGUAAUCUUUAUUACUACUCUUCAUUGCACUCCAGGUUUCAGAGUAAUCUUUGGAACGAAUAUUAUUAAUAUUAAUUUUAGAUAAAUUUUCUCUUUGUUUGCCACUGAUAAUGAAUCACUUUAUUCUUUCCUAAAUGGAUUUUGUUUUCGUACAUAAUAGUUAUUUAAGACAUAAUAAUAAGAUAAUUACAAGUUACAAAAGAAUAGUAUAUAGUAACUACUAUAAAUACUAAAACUAUUUUUGGGCAUCAUUAUGUACACUGUAGUCACUUGCUAUUAGGUUAACUGCUGAAGAUUUCAUGUUGCAUCCAUUUUAAUGGCAGCUAAAAGCAAGGAUGAGAAUCUAUAAAAGAAAUCACUGUGGCUGUUUUGUUUGAAAUUGAAAAUGCUAAUAAAUUAGCUUUUUUGUUGGCUCAAAUAAGCUCAUUUCCAGAAUAGGUGUACUAUUACCAAAGAAAUGUUAAUGUACUGAGUUAAUUGACGUGAAAUUCAGAUUAAUAAAUUUAUUCAUUAUAUUUUGUCUUUAAAAUUAUUGAGAAAAUUAUAUUUAUGUUCAUUUUUUAUUUGAUCUUAAUCUUAAAGUUCAGUCAGAUAAGAAUUGUUAUUACUUUUUAAAUAGAAAUAUAAAAACUUGUGUAAACAAUGAUACUAAUAACAAUGUAUUGGAUUUUUCAUAUUGUUUAUUUUGAGAGUCACUAUAUCAGGGAUCACCUUCUAUCAACAGUUAGCCUAUAUACUAUUUAUUGUAUAAGAUUUCUUUUUUAUGUUUUCUCCUUUUUCUUAUUGACGUUUUCUGUCAGCUGGUUUUCUGUUCUCCAUCUGUUAUCAAGCAAUAUUAAUCAAAUCGUCUGUUUUGCAGUUGCAUAAUGUCAUAAUAAUUAGUAUAAUUAUAUUUUAAUUUCAGAUUUAAAAGUUUAUGAACAAUGAGUUUUAAUGUGAUUAUGAAUCAUAUUAGUCUCUUGUGUUCGUCAUAUCAUUGACUUACUUUGGUUAGUACUCAAUGGAAGUCUUUAUUACAGCUGGCAUGUAUAUAAAAUAUGCAACUUCAUGAUACUUCAUUUGUAUUUUUUUUAGUAUGGUUCCUUUCUGAAAGAUUUAAAUUAUUAAUAGAAAAAAUACUAAAUUAAUGAAUCCGUAAAAUAUCUCAGUUUACAUUUGAGGUAUUAUUGCUUAUGGAUUUUUUUCUAGGCAUAUUUGUUGUAAAUUUAUUUUUUAAUUUAAUUUAUAAAUAUUGGUAUGAGUUAUAAAUGAAAAUCAUUUAAAUUAACAAUCAGAUAUAAGUACCUUAAACUAAAGUUUGUUUCGAACCAGAAAUAAAUAAUGUCAUUAAAUUCAUAUUUUAAAUCAUUACCAAAUUUCAUGGCUCUUUAUACAGAAUCCGAUAUAGAACUCAUGGCACUCAAAGUCUUACUAGAUAUUCUUUUUUUAUGCAAACCAAGUUUGAUUGAAGGUUAGCUGAGUAAAUAAGUUCCAGGGGUUGAAAGAGAUAAGUAGGAAAUAAAAGCAAAUCAGAAGGUAUGAGGCAGCUUUGUAGCCUAUCUCAGUUACUGUAGAGAGCUGACUUAUGUUUAGGACACAUUGAAGAUUAUAAAAUAUUGUACUUUAUAGUAAACACCCUUACUUAAAAUUGUAAAAUUCUGUUUGUAAAUUUUGUUAUGAACAAAUUUAGUUAAGUAUUAUUAUAAUAACUGCAGCACUGAUGCGUGGUUGUCAGUUAAUUUUUGUUAUCAUUAAGUAGCUGUAGGGUAUUAUCCAUCCUGAAAUCAUAACUAUGUAUGUAUAAUUAUAUGUAUAGUACACAUUUUUCAUGAUAAGCUAGUUACUUUAUUACACACAUAUUAAGGCACUGAUGACAGGUUGUUCACAUUAGAAUUAAAUGUUGAAACAUCCUAGUAAUUGUAAAGUAGCCGUACAUUAUCCAGCCUAAAACAUAAACUGAUGUACAUAAUAAAAAUGUCCAUGUAUUAUAGUUGCUGUGUUAGUUACAAUUUUUAAGUCAACUCUUAAUAUUUUGUUUUGGUUUAACACUAAUGUUAGCAGGUGAUCUAUUUGACUUAAAAUUAUUUGCAUAAAUCAUAUAUUUCCUUAGAGACAACUUAGUUAGAAUGUAAAUUUGGGCCAUAUUGUAUUUAAUGUAAAACAAUAUGUGAAUGUUUAUUUUGUUGCUUAUUUUGAAAUAAUAAUUUUCUCUCAGA